UGCCGCAGUUCUCAUAGCUCAUUCAUCCUUCGUACAAAGUAGGUGUACAUCCAAUAUUUCUUCACGUGGAGGACACUUCCUAAAAAAAUAGAAAAAAAUGGAUCAAAAUAGUCCCAGCGAAGCGAAAUCGAACGGAAUCCGAACGGCCAAUGGGUCCGAAAACGGAAUCAAAACUCCUUUUCUGAUCGGAGUGGCUGGUGGAACCGCCAGCGGCAAGUCUACGGUAUGUAAACGUAUCAUGGAGCAGCUGGGCCAAGCCGAUAUGGAUCACACGCAGAGACAAGUUGUGUCAAUCAGUCAGGAUAGCUUCUACCGUGAGUUGACGCCCGCAGAAAAGCAGCGAGCUGAUAAGGGUCUGUUCAACUUUGACCAUCCGGAUGCUUUCAAUGAGGAAUUGAUGCUGACGACGUUGCAAGACAUACUGCAAGGAAAGAAGGUGGAAAUCAAUGAAUACGAUUAUCGUAGUAAUGCGCUGCAUCCAGAGAAGAAAUUGACGAUUUAUCCGGCCGAUGUAGUACUAUUUGAGGGUAUUUUGGUAUUUUACUUCCCGGCCAUUAGGGAUCUGUUCCACAUGAAGCUGUUUGUCGAUACCGAUUCCGAUACGAGACUGGCGAGAAGAGUACCAAGAGACAUUAACGAAAGAGGGCGAGAUUUAGAGCAAGUUCUGAACGCAUACAUGGUUUUUGUAAAACCUGCUUUUGAGGAGUUCUGUUCACCGACCAAAAAAUUCGCCGAUGUGAUUAUUCCACGUGGAGCUGAUAACACAGUGGCCAUCGACCUGAUCGUGCAGCACAUCCGCGAGUUCCUGAACAACCGAACCCGGCAGGAUCACAGCCCGCACCUAGCCAGUGGAGGCACCAGUGCGCUGAAUCUACCCCGUGGUCGAGCUACCUACAAACACUAACCAGAGUAGAAGCAACACGACUAGAAGCUGAAUUCUUCUGCUAAGUUGGUUUGAUGUUUGUGUAAUUCACCCGUAGUCGACCUUACCGGCGUACCAUCAUAAAUCGUUCGUGAUCAUUAUUAAUGUAGUGGCUAAUUUAAGCUAGCUUUUAACAAAAAUUGACGACAUUCGCGCGAGAGUUGGCAAACUAACCCUCCAGUCGGUUCUCGUACGCAUUUUCUCUCUCUCAUUGCCAUACAAAACAAACAGAAAAUUCCCAUUCUUGUAGAAACUUGACAGAGAUCAUUGAAAAUGUUAUUUACAUUCACCUGAAAAUGUCCUCUUAUUGAUACUCUUAUUCUGUUUUGAUUCAAAAUCUAACCAUUCUAGUCCGAUACUUCGUUUUUCAUUGAGACAAACAAAUGAAGAUGUCAAUUUGAGCUAAACAAAAACAAUAGAGUGCAACUCCCAGUUUAAAAAAUGUAUCAAACCCAAUGUGUAUAAAGUUUGCAUUCACUCAACUACUAACAGCUCAGCAACGUUAGACUCCAACUUUACCAAAAAUUAGUGCUAGUAUCAUCCGUUGUGAGAACCCCCCCUGAUCGAUGGUAGACCCGACAAAGCACCCUUACCAUUUUAUCGCUAAGUGUUAAGCAAGUUAAACUCUCUCUCUCUCGUUAUUCACGUUGGCAAUGCUUCCCAACUCCGAAAAAAGACAAUCGCUGUUGCAACUGUUAUAAAGUGUUUUCCGUUUUCCAUUAUUUCUCUUUUGUUAAACCAUCGCUACGACAAUACUCGGUUUGUUCUGAACAUCCUGAAACUAUUUCCUUUUUUAUUCAACAAAUAAAAAAAACCUCGCGAACUACACUCUAAACUCGAACGAACCAAGAUGAGAGUACUCCUCCCUCUCCCUCGUCAAGCUUCAGACGGUUCUCCUCGACCACCAUCAAUAAGAAGCUGUUUUCAGUCGUACUCAACUACUAAAUGCAGCAAUACAAGAAUGAUUAUGAACUGACAAAUAUGUAUAUCUAGCUACAACAAUUUAAACACACUGUAAUAACCCUCUUAGAGUACCUACCCAGUCGUUGGGUCACACAAAAACCGAAAAGUAGCCGUUUCCGUGAUCAGCUUAAGAGCAAUAUCGUACCGUACAUACACACCAUUACAGUGAGGAGCAAAAACAAUGUCUAGAUUUAUAUUCGACGGCUUAAAUAUGAUAUUAUACAGUUUUGGAACGAGGUAAAAAUCCAAUUAGAUGAUAAUAUUUAGGGGCCUUCAGAAGGGGAAACACAAUGCGAAAUUAUAAAUGUUUGUAUUAGUACUUAAGUUUGUUCUCAUAUGAUGAUUUGAAGUAAACAAACCGACAGGUUACCAAAUAACAUUGGUUAUGACUAUAUAUUUUAUUGUUUAAUAAAGAUUAAAUAUUCUUCGACACCGUUUAAAAAUAUAUAUUACAAAAAGAAAGAUAAUAAAUAAAUGCUAUCGACUGACGAA